AUGGCCCAGGACGAAAUGAAGGUCGACGAGGGCUAUUCAGGAGGCUCCGAGGAAACGAGAAGCCUAUCCGACAGCGAUUCUACCAUGCACAUCGAUCCCGUCGACGGCCAUGUUUCAAAGUCAUCCACACCCACGCUUGAGUCGAUGCUUUCGCCCGUACUGAGCCUGCCNCCGGACCAGAGAUCAGCCUUCAUAACCUCGCUGUUGCGACUGCUGCCAGAGUCGGAGCGAUAUGACACCGCCUAUACAGCUCUUCGCUCGCUGCGCACUUCGUCCAUCGCAUCCAUAGUCGAGCGCCUCAANCCCCUCCUUCAUCUCGACCCAGUAGUCUUCCUACCACCCGAAAUUACCUCCCAAAUCUUUCUUCAUCUCUCACCCUCCGAUCUCCUCCGCUGCUCGACCGCUUCCCGGCUCUGGCGCGAACGUGUCUUGGACAGCACUCUGUGGAGGACCUGUUUUGCCCGUGAAGGAUGGAUGCCAGACCUUGCAGAAGUGAGAAGUGGUGAAGCUGCCGAAGCCAGGCGCCGCUUGACCCUCUCGCGCAACGCUCCUCAAAAGCCUCCUAGAAGGAAGCCUGACGGUGAACUCGAAAGAAGCGGUAGUAUCAAAAGAGCAAAGGAAUCCGUCGAUGGGUGGAACGAACAACACAGCACACUGGAGGCCGACGAUGAUGCGAUUCCGCAAGACCCAGAAGAUGGUGCUGCUUCCCUGUCCGCCAUGAGCCUCGCUUCCGAAGCCGACUACCUUGACAUAACCCCGGGAACCGACCUCUCCUCAGGUUUGCUNCCUCAACUCUCUCCGUCGCUCUACAAUACAUACAAUGCUUCACCACGGGUCAACUGGCUAUAUCUGUACAAACAACGGCGCCGUCUAGAAGACAACUGGAACAAAGGACGCUACACGACGUUUCAGCUGCCACAUCCAGACCAUCCCGAGGAAGCCCACGACGAGUGUGUCUACACGAUACAGCACUCGCGUGACUGGCUAGUCAGUGGUAGUCGCGACAAAACUAUUGCCAUCUGGGAUCUGGAGACUCAAAGACGUGUGAGGACAUUGUCUGGUGCUCACAUCGCUUCUGUGCUAUGUUUGCAGUUCGACGAGCGUCCAGAUCAAGAUAUCGUAGUAUCAGGCGGAAGUGACUCUUUUGUCGUCAUCUGGCGCUUCUCGACAGGUCGCAUCAUUCGCAAGAUGGAUGAAGCACAUACCGAAUCCGUACUCAAUCUACGUUUCGACGACGACCUGCUGAUAACAUGCUCCAAGGAUAAGACCAUCAAGAUCUGGAAUCGUAGAGAACUCUUUGUGGACAGCGAUAUCAUUCCAGCAGUCGCAAAACGUCAGCUUGAAGUUGGCCAUCCUAUGAACCCUAUCAAGGAGUACUCGCUACUACUUACACUUCUAGGCCACGGUGCAGCAGUGAAUGCAAUUCAAAUGCAUCAAGGUCAGAUCGUUUCUGCAUCAGGAGAUCGAACCAUCAAAGCAUGGGACAUCAACACUGGUACAUGCACAAGAACUUUCACCGGCCACACCAAAGGCAUUGCCUGUGUGCAGUACGAUGGUCGCCGUAUCGUGAGCGGCAGCAGCGACAACACCGUGCGUAUCUUCGACGCAGCCACGUCUGCAGAGGUUGCAUGCCUUCCUGGCCACAGUAACUUGGUGCGUACUGUACAAGCUCGCUUUGGUGAUAUGAGUGUCUCGUCUGAGCAGCUCGAGGCCGAUGCACGUGCUGUCGAUGAGAGAUUCCACGAUGCUCGUAUGAAUGGCCUCAACCCUGACCAGAACAGAGCACGCGGUCAGCGCAACGCUGGCUCGAGCAACCCUAAUGAAGUAUGUGCGGUCGGUGCGAAGAUCCCACCAGGAGGUGGUGGCAACGCCUGGAGCCGUAUUGUGUCAGGCUCUUAUGAUGAGACAGUCAUUAUUUGGAAGAAGGAUUCUGAUGCGGUCCCUCAGCAGGUAACGCAACAGCCACCCCAAAAUAGCGCAGAUGAACAGGACACAGCUGCGCAACCAGGCAUGUCUGCUGCCUCUGUCACAGCCCCGGCGAUAUGGCCUCCAUCUGCCACGUCUACUCCAGCUCCCCAGGUCCAACACCAGGCCCCUCAGCAGAUGCAACAACACAUCCAACAGCAGCUCCAUCAACAUAUCCACCAACAAGCACAGAAUCAUGCCGGCCCUGCUGGUCCACCUGCUAAUCAUCAUCACCAUCACGGCCACCAUGGAGGUGCUGGACACCACGGCCGUCAUCGUAUCAGAGAAGACAGCAAUCGUGUCUUCAAGCUUCAGUUCGACAGCCGGCGCAUCGUGUGUUGUUCGCAAAACCGAGUCAUCGUAGGAUGGGACUUUGCUGCUGGUGACUCGGAUCUUGAACAGGCGAGCCGCUUCUUUGGAGAAACUGAUUAG